AUGGAUAUCUCAGCAUGUAAUAAGAAAAGGCGAUUGCCUGAUGUUGAUCACCUACAGCCAGUUGUGGAGAAUAGUUUUGUGGAUAACCAAAGUAGUUCCAGAUCUGAGUUUGGGAAUAUUUUCCACCAAGACUUUUCAAGUAAACUGAGACUAGAAUUAUCACCAGCUGUUUCAGACAUUAACCUGGUUUCACGCAGCACACAGAGUUCCAAUGAAGAUGGGUAUAGUCCAACUAGGAAAAUAUCUGAAGAACUUAAAGGUGUACAGAAAAGAACAGAAGGCCUGUUAUUUGCACCUGAAACCUUAGAACUUUCAGAUACUGGAACAUCUUUUGCAUUCAAAAUGGAUUCAUUGUUAUCACGAAAAGCACUAACUGUUGGGAACCCGAGACUUCAUUCACUGCAGCCAGGUUUGUCUUCUAACGAAGAAGGUGAUGGCCAGAUAUCCUGCCAAUUAAAGCUCACUCUAGCAUCUUCCCCGUUGCAAGUCAAUAGUAGUCCUCAUUCUGCUACAAUACCCCAAGUAGGUCAGGAUAUCAGCAAAUCCCUAGCAUCAGGAUUAAAUGCCAUUGGCAAGGAAUCAGAUAUAAGAGCCUUUACAAACAAAAAUCCAGCUGAUGAAGACAUGCAUAAAACUUGCUCCCAAGAAGCCACAAAUAACAAUCAAGGGCCUCCACCUGCUCCAGUUAGAGUAAAUGAUGUUUUCUGGGAACAGUUCUUAACUGAAAGACCUGGCUGUUCAGAAAAUGAAGAAGCAAGUUCUAAUUAUAGGGGAAAUCCAUAUGAUGAGCAGGAUGAUGGAAGGCUAGGCCACGGAAUGUCCAGAAGUGCCAAGGAUGCUGAAACACUCACUCUUUGA